CUGUGGACGUCAGUCAAGUUUAAAGGUAACCAAAUCGCGGGAUACAAAAUUCCUUUUCCAAUCGCUGUCGGUACAAAACUAAACUUGAUAAAAAUCAGGGUUUACAUCGAUUGAUAACAGCCCAGCCAAAAAUUUUUUUUAGAACGAAAAUGUUCUUGACGAAAUUUCGCUUGCCAAAUUCGUCUGAUUUGGUAAGUUUAACGUAACAUGUACGGUGCUCUCUAAGUAUCUGUUAAUCUGUCAAAACUCAAAAGUUAUCCAUGAAAGACCAACCGAAAUGAUACAACGUUUUUCUUUGGAUGCUGUGAACCUACACCAUUUGCAGUGACCUAUUAAAGAUAAUAUAUAAACAAAUAUCAAAGGUUUUAAUAUGAGAGUAGUAGCAUUAAUCAGUGGCGGUAAGGAUAGCUGUUAUAACAUGAUGCAGUGUAUAGCAGCAGGCCAUGACAUUGUUGCAUUGGCCAACCUAAAACCCCAAAGUAAAGAUGAGUUGGAUAGCUACAUGUAUCAAAGUGUAGGUCACCAAGCAGUAGAAUUAUAUGCAGAAGCAAUGGGACUACCAUURUUCAGGCAACGUACGAACGGGGUUGCAUUGCAACAAGAGAAAAUUUAUACUCAUACUCCUGAAGAUGAAGUCGAAGAUUUGUUUGAUCUCCUUGCUAAUAUUAAAACACAAAUUGAAUUUGAUGGUGUAGCUGUGGGUGCAAUACUUUCUGAUUAUCAGCGUUUGCGUGUUGAAGAUGUGUGUUCAAGAUUAGGUAUUUGCUCACUGUCAUAUUUGUGGCGUCGUGAUCAAAAAGAACUGCUACAGGAAAUGAUUGAUUGCAAUAUUGAAGCAAUUGUUAUUAAAGUAGCAGCACUUGGAUUAGACCCUACAAAACAUUUGGGAUUGCGAAUUGAUAAGCUUAUGCCACAUUUAGUUAAAAUGAAUGAAAAAUAUGGCUUAAAUAUAUGUGGCGAAGGUGGAGAAUACGAAACGUUCACUCUAGACUGCCCUUUGUUCACCAAAUCGGUGAUCAUUGAAGAGUUUGAAACUGUGAUGCAUACCAACGACACUAUUGCUCCUGUGGGAUAUAUAAAUUUUAAAAAAUUUUGCUUAUUAAAAAAACCGAAUGUUGAUGAGAAUCAGAGUUUUCGUGAUCGUAUGGCUUGUUAUCGAGUACGUAGUCCCUUAGCUCACUUGUUGGACUUGGAUGAUUUAGAAAUUGACCUUGGUACUGUCACUGAUGGUGACAAUUUUGAUGAUGAUGCUUCAGAAAAUAAUAGUAUCAUUAUUGACCAGACUGAUGGUCAAGUGUACUUUGGGGAAGUUGUAGAGACAGAUUCUGUGUCUUGUAUUGGUUAUCCAAAUGGAUGGACUUGGAUUAAUUCAUUAACUGGCUAUUGGGUUGGUGAUAAAUCUCCAGUUAUAGUUGCUCUUGAGAGAUUAAGAGGUAAUUGUGUUUAUAAUUUAAUAAUUUAUAUAAUUUUACUAAUAAUUUAUAAUGUUGAUGACUGGUUUAUGACUAAAUAA